AGAAGACAAGUCUUUUACACUCGAACGGGAGUAUGUCAUUCGUUCUUCCUGUUGUUGGGAUUUUUAUUUACUUCUUAUUUUCCCUUCUCUCAAUCCCCCAAUUAAAAAGAUCUCCGGCGCACAGCCCAAGGCGGAAGCCACGGCAUCCUUCUCCCGCUGUCCAUGCCGCCGGAGCUCUCCGAUCGCCCCCAUUUCCAAUCCUCCUUCUGCGCACCCAGGAAGUGAGAAGGAAGGGACGGUGAAGGAGGAGAAGAGUUUGCGAUGUCUUUUGACGGGGAGGAGUCGCGAUGGAUGUGUGGGAGGUCGGGCGUAGCGAAUCUUCACCGGUUCAGCUCUAUGGUCAGAGAGAUUCGAGACCCAUGCCUUCAUCACUCGCCUUCCAAGGGAAGCAAAAUGCUCAGGCCCGAAAAGUGGCAAACAAAUUUUGAUAGCGAUGGGAAGGUUAUAGGUUUUCGAAAAGCACUUAAAUUAAUUGUAUUAGGGGGUGUGGAUCCUUCUAUACGGGCAGAAGUUUGGGAAUUUCUUCUUGGUUGUUAUGCUUUAAGCAGCACUGUUGAGUAUCGAAAGCAACUAAGGAUGGCUCGAAGGGAGCGGUAUGACGAUUUAAUUAGGCAAUGCCAGAUGAUGCACUCAAGUGUUGGUACUGGCUCCCUUGCCUAUGUUGGGUCCAAAGUGAUGGAUAUGAGGACUCUAUCAAGAGAAAAUGACAUUAGGGAAGCUGUAACUGAAAAUGGGCAAGCUUCUUGUGAUGCCACUGACAAGUUAGAGACUUAUUCUGAUUUAAGUAAUGCCUGUACAGACACAUCAUAUGCACAUGAAAGGAAAAGCUCUAGUAAAUCUGCUCAGCUCGUCAGUUGCGGGAUGAGCACAGAUGAUUCAGCCUAUGACUCUUCAUAUGUUUUGCCCUCUUCCGAGGCAUAUAAUUGUUACCCAAGAAAUUUUGAUAGUGAUUUCCAUGAACCUCAGUAUGACACAGAGAGCUUUUUUGAUUUUCCUCUUCCUGUAAUAAACUUAUUCCAGGAAGGUGAUGGGAAUGAAAAUGAAACUCAGAAGCAUGAGCAUACAUUGAGAUUUGGGGAGGAGCACAUGCAUAGCUUCCAGAUUAAUAACAAUGUGGAUCUAAUUAUGGAAUCAAAUUCUCAUCUGAAUGGUCCAUUAUGUUCAAGCAACAAUGCAACUGAUAUUUUUAGAUCAGAUGCUCUGAAUCAUGUCGAAGUGUCAAAGGAAAUUGAUUGUAGUAUAGAAGUUAUAAACAGGUCAACAAUGCCAGAUGCCCCAAAAGAAGCUACAGUGGAUCGGACCACUUCCAGUGGAUUAGCUGCAAAUGAAGACAGAGUUUCCGAGUGGCUUUGGACGCUUCAUCGAAUUGUCAUUGAUGUGGUAAGAACUGAUAGUCAUCUUGAAUUUUAUGGUGACUCAAAAAAUAUGGCCAGAAUGUCAGAUAUCCUCGCUGUUUAUGCAUGGAUAGAUCCUGCUACUGGAUACUGCCAAGGUAUGAGUGAUUUGCUCUCUCCCUUUGUUAUGCUAUAUGAGGAUAAUGCAGAUGCUUUUUGGUGCUUUGAGAUGCUUCUACGACGAAUGCGUGAAAAUUUCCAGAUAGAAGGGCCAACUGGUGUCAUGAAGCAAUUGCAAUCAUUAUGGAAGAUCUUGGAAUUAACAGAUAUUGAAAUCUCUCGACAUCUAUUGCUCAUUGGCGCUGAAAGUCUUCAUUUUGCUUUUCGAAUGCUACUGGUGCUUUUUCGUCGCGAACUUUCCUUUGAUGAGGCUCUCCGCAUGUGGGAGAUGGUCUGGGCUGCUGAUUUUGAUGAAGCUCUAACUCGGCAAUUAGAGGAAAAUUGCCUUGAUCCAUUGGUUUUAAAUUUUCGAGACAAUUCACAGGUGGCAAUUAAGGCAGAACACAUGGAGAAUGGUAAAAGAAAAUUUAAAAGCAUGCAGCCUCAGCGCAGAAAUGGUAAAGCCUGGGCGCCCUAUAGCAUUGGGGUGAGGUCCAUUUCAGGUCAUCCCCUUUGUGGCCUGACAAAGGCUAAUUUCUGGUCAAGACAUGAUCAGCUGCAGCCUCACAAUACCACCGCAUCAAUGAGAAAGGGGGAUGAUGGAUUGCCUGUUUUCUGCGUAGCAGCAAUCCUCGUAAUCAACCGCCAAAAGAUAAUGAGAGAAACUCAUUCAUUUGAUGAUAUAAUUAAGAUGUUCAAUGAUAAUAUGCUCAAAAUCAAUGUCAAAAGAUGCAUACAUAUGGCUAUCAAACUAAGGAAGAAGUACAGUUACAAGUUAAUGGAACAAACAAGCACUGCUCACAUGCUUUCUUUGGAAAAAGCUUGAACCUUUAUCGUACUUCUCUCGGAAUUGACAGCCCAAGUUGCUACCCAACAUUUUGGGUUCAUAGCGCCACUUCCUAUUUAUUAUUUUGUGGAACUUGAGCAGGAAGAAUUGUGGCCUUUUCAGAACUCCAGUUAUAUAUUCAUUCCUUCUGUUAAUACAACGCCUCUGCAAGGUAAGUCAUUUCCUGAUCUUUAUGUUCUGUGUUCCUAUCUUGAAACUGAUUGAAUGUUAUGUUGUUUUAGCACCAUAUUAGUGUGAACUGGAACUAUCACCGGACUUGCAACUAUCUCUAGCUCCAACUCUGUACUUGCGAUCAUUUAUAUAGUUUAGAUGGCAUUACUAUAUUCAAGUUUUUAAUCUUGUUAUGUGAUAGAAAUCUUAUUAAUUGCAUUUGCUUUUCUGAAGUGUUCUGAGACAUUUGUUGUCAUAUAUCAGCAGAAACCCUGUAUGACCCAUGUGUCAAAGCUUCUUUUCUUUAAUCCUAGUAGAUUACUCAGUUCUAGUUAUGGUACCUCUUGAUUACCUAAUUUACCUUAUCGAGAAAAUUCUUUAGUUUUUGACACUUCCUAUGAUCGGUAGUUUAAUUAGUAAUAUGCCGACCGCUACAUUGUCAAAUUGUGAACCAGUAGUGCUCUGUGGUGAACUAAUCGAACAAUCUUUUCAUUUGAGAUGGUAAGUAAUUCAACUCUUUGCAAAUGCUCAAUAUCUAUUAUUUAUCAGAAUGCACAUCCUUCGCAGUAUGUAACCAUAUCUUUCUGAAAAUACUCACAAUAUCUUCCUGUUUUCAGCCAAUUUGUGCAAAAUCUUCAGAUUUAACCGUAUACUUCAAAGCACUCAAAAACUGAAAAGUGGAGUCAGCUACUCUUUUAGCUAAUUUGGAACCUGGCAUAGAGCUUCAUUUGGUUGCUGCUGCCAUGCUGAGGCUCCUCGGACUACUCGUGAGAGGAAAAAUGUCAGCCAUAUUUUCCUCAGUUUGUCUCAACAUGCGGUUAUCAGCUGAAGGUAAUUGGAAGGCUAGGGGGAGAAUGGAGCAUCAAACUUGUGGAUAACUGAAAUCUCUUCAUUAGAAGAAAUCCAUUUUUUCAGAAACUGCCUUGGAUCAGAGUGUUGCUUUCUGUAACGUAGGCUUACCAAUGGAAUUUGAAACAGCAUACUUCAGCUUCUCAAGGGGAGAGAAUUUUGUAUCCAUUUUAGGGCAUCAAUCGAUGGCUAACUGGUGUUCUUAUGUAGAUAAAGAUCUACAACAUCCUGGAAAGGUAUUCACAACAAAAUAGUCAAGUCAAUCUUAAUACAAAUUUCCAAAUUUCUUCUUCUGCAAUCCACCAAAUUGCUAAUUUA